AUGCCGGGCACUUCCUUCACCCAAAUACCGAAACGCGCCGCCGCCAUUCAAAGCAAGCUGCAGAGUAAUACCACGGUAGACCCAGAUUCGUUGGAAACAUGCGACAAGUCUAUAAUCCCAAAGUGCAUAAGAGCUUUAUACGGCAUUCCCAUCGGUACUGGCAAGGACCAAAGCAACUCGAUGGGUAUGUUCGAGACUCAGAGUGAUGCUUACAGUCAGGAAGAUCUCGACCAGUUCUACCGCGAGAUGAAGCUAGUCGACAUCCCUCAGGGGUUCGGUCCCAAAACCGUGAGCGUAAAUGGCGGGAUCGCACCUGCGCCGCAACAGCAGGCUGGUGUUGAGUCGGACCUCGACAUGCAAAUAGCGCAGCCCCUCAUCUUCCCACAGACAAUCACAAAUUACCAGGUACGGUAUACAUACGACAACAAAACAAACUUCAACUAUAUCUUCAACGAUUUUCUUGACGUUUUUUCUGGUCCUUUUUGCAAGGACAAUGGCGAUGAGAGUAGCGGCAAGCAGUGCAACGAGCUGCCCAUCCCUCAUGUCAUUUCCAUUUCCUGGGGCGUGGCCGAAGACCCAAAUCUGGUCAGCUUCCACAAGCGCCAAUGCACGGAAUGGAUGAAACUCGGCCUGGCUGGUACCAGUGUCUUCGUGGCCAGCGGUGACACGGGCGCUCAGGAUGGCAACCAAUGCUACGGCACCGACCAUCGCAUUUACGUUCCGCAUGGCGUAUGCAGCUGCCCGUACGUCACGGCCGUGGGUGGCACCAUGCUGCCCGACGGUCGAAAGAUCGGCGACAACGAGACUACUGCCCGAAGUUAUGCAAGUGGUGGUGGAUUCAGCAACAUCUUUCCCACACCAGAAUGGCAGGUGAAUGCCGUGUCAAGCUAUUUCUCCGAGCACGACCCUGGCUACCAGUACUUCAACAUUACAGACGGCAAACUGCCCGCGUCCGGCAACGGCAUAUAUAACCGUGGCGGCCGCGGCUUCCCCGACAUAAGCGCCAACGGCCGCCAACGGCCAGAAUGCAUUCACCAUCUACCGUGGCGAGUACAGCAGCGGCGACGGGACGUCGAUGGCCUGUCCUCUUGUCGCGUCCAUGUUCAACCUCAUCAACGAAGAUCGCAUCAAGGCCGGGAAAGCCUCGCUCGGCUUCCUCAACCCCGCCAUAUACAAGCUUUUCGAAAAGGGUAA